AUGCAGAAGGAAAAUAAUACGACAGCGGAAAAUUGCCAAUUUGUGGGGCCAUAUCGCCUGGAGAAGACGUUGGGCAAAGGACAAACGGGUCUGGUUAAGUUGGGCGUGCACUGUGUGCUCGGUCGUAAGGUGGCCAUUAAAAUAAUCAAUCGCGAAAAGCUUAGCGAGUCCGUAUUAAUGAAGGUGGAACGUGAAAUUGCGAUUAUGAAAUUGAUUGAUCAUCCACACGUCUUGGGCUUAAGCGAUGUCUAUGAGAAUAAAAAAUAUUUAUACUUAAUACUAGAACACGUUUCGGGUGGUGAAUUAUUCGACUAUUUGGUGAAAAAAGGCCGACUGACGCCGAAGGAGGCACGUAAAUUUUUCCGUCAAAUAAUAUCCGCGCUGGAUUUUUGCCACUCACAUUCAAUAUGUCAUCGAGAUUUGAAACCCGAAAAUUUGCUGUUGGACGAAAAGAACAACAUCAAAAUUGCCGACUUCGGAAUGGCUUCACUGCAACCGGCUGGUUCAAUGCUGGAAACCUCAUGUGGAUCACCGCAUUAUGCAUGUCCCGAGGUCAUAAGGGGUGAAAAAUACGAUGGACGUAAAGCGGAUGUUUGGUCCUGUGGCGUUAUCCUGUAUGCGCUAUUGGUGGGCGCAUUGCCCUUCGAUGACGACAACUUGCGCCAACUGCUGGAGAAAGUGAAGCGAGGAGUGUUUCACAUACCGCACUUUGUGCCGCCCGACUGCCAGAGUCUGUUGCGCGGCAUGAUUGAGGUGAAUCCGGAUCGACGACUGACGUUGUCCGAGAUAAAUCGCCAUCCAUGGGUUACGGCUGGCGGCAAAGGGGAAUUGGAGUUGGAGCUGCCGAUGAUGGAGGUGGUGCAAACGCAUGUCAUACCUUCCGCCUCAGCGGUGGAUCCGGAUGUCUUAAAUGCGAUUUGCUCGUUAGGGUGCUUUAAGGAAAAGGAAAAACUCAUACAGGAGCUAUUGAGUACGAAUCACAACACCGAAAAAGUGAUUUAUUUUCUACUCUUGGAUCGAAAACGAAGGCGUCCUGCCUUGGAAGAUGAUGAUGAAAUCGCUCAAAAAUCUCGUAGUGAAUUAGAUGCAGUGGAUCCGCCCAGAAAACGACUCGAUACUUGUCGUAUAAAUGGUACGAAUUCGCCCAGUUAUGGGCAAAUAUCGGAAGGUUCGCCGCUAACACCACGACGGCAAGCAUUCAACUUCCGGUCCUACAGCAGUUCGCGUAAUCACCAGCGUCGAUCACCCACUUCGGUUUCCUCGGUGCGUUCCUCGUCAUAUCACAGUCCCACACGCUGCAAUUCGCCCAUUAACUCGGCGCAACAACAAGUGAACGCAAUCUCACGUCCAUCCUCGCCUGCAGCCACAUCCGCCGGACAUUCGUCCCGUCACUCUACCUAUUCGAGUGAAUGCCGCGAGCGUUCCGGUUCGGUGCAACAUCAUCCGUCUGUAAGUCGUACACCCUCACACUCGUCACAAACAGGCGUCGAGGGUAUUAUUAGUGUGGGCAGUGGUAGUGGUGGCGAUAGAGGUGAUCGCGGUGGAGGAGCCAUAGGAGGUGGUGGUGGUGGUGGAGGUGGCAGUGGGAACGAUGUUGUUGCGGUGCGUGAAGCACGGGAAGUACGCGAACGCAGAGACUCACGUAACGAGCGUCAAGCGACGGUACAGGUCAGUUGUGUUGGUGUGCCCGGUAGUCCAGGUGGUGGCAGUUGCAGUGGUUCAGCAGUGCAUCAUCGUGCCAAUUCCGGACCAACUAUAGCGAUUAGCAUGUUUCAUGACCCGGAGGCGAAUAGCGUGAUGAAUCCUACUACAUCGCCGCUCAUGAACAAUAGUUCGCCAGUAAUGUCUGGUUCACCAUGCAAUGCGCCCGGCGGCCAACUUUGGAAGACACGUCUCACAAACAUUAAAAAUAGUUUUCUGGGCAGUCCACGUUUUCAUCGAAGAAAGUUGCAAGUGUCCGCGGAUGAGGUGCAUUUAACGCCCGAAUCGUCGCCGGAAUUGACGAAACGUUCUUGGUUUGGUAAUCUGAUAACAACGGAAAAGGACGAAACCUUUACGAUUUUAGUCAAAGGCAAACCGAUAGCGACCGUUAAGGCGCAUCUGAUACAUGCUUUCUUGUCGAUGGCCGAACUUUCGCAUAGUGUCGUAUCACCCACAUCAUUUCGUGUAGAAUAUAAACGCAAUGGAAAUGGGCCGGUCAUGUUUCAAAGGCAUGUAAAGUUUCAGGUGGAUAUAAGCGCAAUUUGUAAACAAGGCGACAUCUCGGAUAUGCUGUUUGCACUGACAUUUACCCUAUUAUCAGGUAACAUUCGUCGUUUCCGUCGCAUCUGUGAACACAUACAAUCGCAAGUUUGUUCGAAACGUUUUCCCGGACCGAGUAGUCCACCCACAGUAGCUACCGUUACGCAAGCCGUAUCAGAGAGUUCCUCAUGCGGUUCGGUCUCCAGCGAACGUCUGUCCUAUAAACGUCAACAGAUUGAGAAUGAAAUUGAAAAUGACUCGAUAUUUGUUUUCAAAUCGGGCAAUGGCCGACGUGCAUCAACCACAAACAAUAACAAUGCGCCGCCAGCUGACAUUUUGCCCGGAAGUCCAAUAGCAGUGCGCUCAAAUUCCGAAACGGAACAGCAUGAACGCAAUCGUGAUUUGCAGAGUGAUCGUCAGGCGACAACAAUGUCAGGGAGUGCAAUAGCAUGA